AAAUGGUUCCAUGGGGCGGAGUCUCUUGUUGUUUGAGUGCAACUGCUCUUUAUCUUCUCGGUAGAAGCAGUGGAAGAGAUGCUGAAGUGCUUAAUUCCGUUACAAGAGUUAAUCAAUUGAAAGAUCUUGCACAACUACUAGAUACUGCGUCCAAGGUGUUGCCUCUGGUGGUUACUAUAUCUGGAAGGGUUGGUUCAGAUACACCAAUUAACUGUGAGUACAGUGGUCUGCGAGGCGUGAUUGUUGAAGAAACUGCCGAACAACAUUUUCUGAAACACAAUGAUGCAGGGUCUUGGAUACAGGAUUCUGCUUUGAUGCUUUCGAUGUGUAAAGAAGUUCCGUGGUACCUGGAUGAUGGCACAGGUCGCACUUUUGUAGUUGGUGGCCGUGGUGCCACAGGUUUGGUACUGACAGUUGGAAGUGAAGUCUUUGAGGAAGCGGGGCGAUCAUUUGUGCGAGGGGCAUUGGAUUAUCUACAAGGUCUUAAGGUCUGUUUUCACAUAUAUGAUAUAACUUCUGUUCAAUGUGUAAGUCAUAGUCAUGCUUGGUUGUGGUUUCUAUGUAUAGUUCACUUUGAGUGAUUAAAGAGGAGAAAUAGAGGAAAUGGAGAGGAUGUUAAAGAAAAGGGAAGAAGAAUACCUCUCCACAUUUUUCUCCACCAUAAUUUAGAAGUCAAGCGAUGAAUGUUCUUUGCCAAUUGUACCAAAUAACUAGAGGGGGACAGUAAAUAAUUCCAUGGAAAUGGCGUAUAGUCUGUUCUUCUUUCCUUUUCAUCCUCUGAUUUUCAUAACCAGUCAUAGUGCAGGUUGUAAAGUGUGUGUAAAUUUUAUUGAUGGUAACUUUGACUCUGACCUAUUAUUUUCUCAAGUAAGAAGCCAAAGGCAUUUUUAACUAGCAUCGU